AUGAGCUUCAAGGUUUUAAAGAUCAAGUUGUUGGCCUUGAGAGCGUUGGAAAAACUGCUGGUGCACGACGAAGGAGGUGCAGUGUCAGCAGAGAUGGUAUCUAUGUCAAGAUGUCAGCAGAGAUCGUACCUGUGUCAAAGUGUCAGCAGAGAUGGUACCUGUGUCAAGUGUCAGCAGGAUGGUACCUGUGUCAAGUGUCAGGAGAUGGUACCUGUGUCAAGUGUCAGCAGAGAUGGUACCUGUGUCAAGUGUCAGCAGAGAUGGUACCUGUAUCAAGUGUCAGCAGAGAUGGUACCUGUGUCAAGUGUCCAGAGAUGGUACCUGUGUCAAGUGUCAGCAGAGAUGGUACCUGUGUCAAGUGUCAGCAGAGAUGGUACUGUGUCAAGUGUCAGCAGAGAUGGUACCUGUGUCAGUGUCAGCAGAGAUCGUACCUGUGCGUGUCAGGCGCAGCAGAGAUGGUACCUGUGUCAGAGUGUCAGUAGAGAUGGUACCUGUGUCAAGUGUCAGCAGAGAUGGUACCUGUGUCAGAGUGUCAGCAGAGAUGGUACCUGUGUCAGGUGUCAGCAGAGAUGGUACCUGUGUCAAGUGUCAGCAGAGAUGGUACCUGUGUCAAGUGUCAGCAGAGAUGGUACCUGUGUCAAGUGUCAGCAGAGAUGGUACCUGUGUCAAGUGUCAGCAGAGAUGGUACCUGUCAAGUGUCAGCAGAGAUGGUACCUGUGUCAAGUGUCAGCAGAGAUGGUACCUGUGUCAAGUGUCAGCAGAGAUGGUACCUGUGUCAAGUGUCAGCAGAGAUGGUACCUGUGUCAAGUGUCAGCAGAGAUGGUACCUGUGUCAAGUAUCCGAGAUGGUACCUGUGUCAAGUGUCAGCAGAGAUGGUACCUGUGUCAAGUGUCAGCAGAGAUGGUACCUGUGUCAGGAAGUCUCAGCAGAGAUGGUACCUGUGUCAAGUGUCAGCAGAGAUGGUACCUGUGUCAAGUGUCAGCAGAGAUGGUACCUGUGUCAGAGUGUCAGCAGAGAUGGUACCUGUGUCAAGUGUCAGCAGAGAUGGUACCUGUGUCAAGUGUCAGCAGAGAUGGUACCUGUGUCAAGUGUCAGCAGAGAUGGUACCUGUGUCAGAUGUCAGCAGAGAUGGUACCUGUGUCAAGUGUCAGCAGAGAUGGUACCUGUGUCAAGUGUCAGCAGAGGAGUACCUGUAUCAAGAUGUCAGCAGAGAUGGUACCUGUGUCAAGUGUCAGCAGAGAUGGUACCUGUCAAGAUGUCAGCAGAGAUGGUACCUGUGUCAAGUGUCAGCAGAGAUGGUACCUGUAUCAAGUGUCAGCAGAGAGAUGGUACCUGUGUCAAGUGUCAGCAGAGAUGGUACCUGUGUCAAGUGUCAGUAGAGAUGGUACCUGUAUCAAGUGUCAGAGAGAUGGUACCUGUAAUGUCAGCAGAGAUGGUACCUGUGUCAAGUGUCAGCAGAGAUGGUACCUGUGUCAGAUGUCAGCAGAGAGAUGGUACCUGUGUCAAGGUGUCAGCAGAGAUGGUACCUGUGUCAAGUGUCAGCAGAGAUGGUACCUGUGUCAAGUGUCAGCAGAGAUGGUACCUGUGUCAAGAUGUCAGCAGAGUGGUACCUGUGUCAAGUGUCAGCAGAGAUGGUACCUGUGUCAAGAUGUCAGCAGAGAUGGUACCUGUGUCAAGUGUCAGCAGAGAUGGUACCUGUGUCAGAUGUCAGCAGAGAUGGUACCUGUGUCAAGUGUCAGCAGAGAUGGUACCUGUGUCAAGAUGUCCAGAGAUGGUACCUGUGUCAAGUGUCAGCAGAGAUGGUACCUGUGUCAAGAUGUCAGGAGAUGGUACCUGUGUCAAGUGUCAGCAGAGAUGGUACCUGUGUCAAGUGUCAUGAGAUGGUCUUCAAGUGUCGGAAGAUGGUACCUGUGUCAAGUGUCAGCAGAGAUGGUACCUGUGUCAAGAUGUCAGCAGAGAGUAUUGUCAAGUGUCGAGUGGCUGUUCAGUGUCAGCAGAGAUGGUCCUUGGUCAGAGAGAUGGUACCUGUGUCAAGUGUCAGCAGAGAUGGUACCUGUGUCAAGUGUCAGCAGAGAUGGUACCUGUGUCAAGUGUCAGCAGAGAUGGUACCUGUGUCAAGUGUCAGCAGAGAUGGUACCUGUGUCAAGUGUCCAGAGAUGGUACCUGUGUCAAGAUGUCGCAGAGAUGGUACCUGUGUCGAUGUCCAGAGAUGGUACCUGUGUCAAGUGUCAGCAGAGAUGGUACCUGUGUCAAGAUGUCAGCAGAGAUGGUACCUGUGUCAAGUGUCAGCAGAGAUGGUACCUGUGUCAAAUGUCAGCAGAGAUGGUACCUGUGUCAGUGUCAGUAGAGAUGGUACCUGUGUCAAGUGUCCAGAGAUGGUACCUGUGUCAAGUGUCAGCAGAGAUGAGUUCAUAUGACAGCAGUAUUUUGAUCAUGUUGCAAGUUCAUAUGACAGCAGUGACUAUUGUUGAUCAUGUUGCAAGAUUCAGAUGA